AUGAGCAGCCAGGCCCCACCCACACUCCUGGAGCUAGUAUGGCAGAAGCUGCUAAGGGAAGAGGCCUUGGUCAUCUGUGCUCUGGAGCACCUGCCGGAGGAGCUCUUCCCACCGCUAUUCAAGGCCUUCACAGGGUGGUGUUGGAAGGUGUUGUCUGACCUUUGCCUUGGUUUCCAACUUGAUGAAUAUGAAACAAAAUUGUUGCAGAGGAUCCAGCGGAGAAGAAAUUCCCUACAGUUGUGCUGUCAGAAGAUAAAGAUUUGGGGAUUGCCCAUCCACAGGUGUCAGAGCCUCAGUCAGCUCAAGCGCCUGAAGCUGAGAGGUAAUGAAAUAAUCAAUUUAUGUCCUGUGCCUCUCCAAGUUCUCCUAGACAGAGUUUCAGGAACUCUGCAGACUCUGGAAUUAGUGGAUUGGAGGCUGGGGUACUCUGAGCUCAGUGCCCUCCUGCCUGCCCUCAGCUCCCAUCUCACCACCAUCAAUUUCUAUGAAAAUGACACCUCCAUGACCGUCCUGAAGGACCUUUUCCACCACACAUCCAAUCUAAGCCAAUGGACCCUGGAGCUGGACCCUGCCCCUCUGAAGUGUUAUGAUGAUGUGGGUCUCAUCCCAGAGAUCUUUUUCAACAUUGUCUUCAGCUCAGGAAUACAGUCAGGGCCAUAA